AUGGAGGACGCGCAAGGCGAUGAAAGGGAAUCGCAAACGAAAUCUCGCCAGCGGUUACCAUCCCUGGCGGAAAGAUUAGGAGACGAUCGUGACGUCAGCAGGUGGUUGGCGGAAGUGGAGGAGGCGGAUACCUUGGCGGAGCUGCUUCUGGGCAAGCUGGCAGCGUUGCGCGGGGAGGCGGGCGGAGCGGCGGCGCUCGCCGCGGCGGAAGCAGCAGCGGCGGAAGCUGCUUCCACCGCUGCGGCAAAGGCGGAGGCGGAAGCGGCGGCGGCGGCAGCGGCGGCAGCAGCAGCAGCAGCCGCCGCGGAAGAGAAGAAGAAGGCGGGCGGGGGAUGGUUCAGCGGGUUGGGGAGUCUGUUGGGGGGUGAGAAGGAGAAGAAGGCGGAAACGGCGAGGGGAAAUGCGGAGGGAGCGCAAGGUCAGGGGAGAUCGGCGGAGGCGCAAGGGAAAGGGGGAGCGGCAGGUGCUAGCAGAGCGCAGGGCUCGGGGCAACGGCCGAGGGGGGGAGGCGCUGGCGCAGGGGAAGGGAGUGCGGGGAAGGUGGAAAGAUUUUCUCGGCGUGACGUGGCAUGGCUGAUGGAGGGGAGCCUGGCGGCGGGCAACGUGGCACUCAGCUAUUCGCUGCUGAAUGCGUGCAAGACGUCCGCUUUGGCGCUCAAUGCGGGCGCGCCCGGGGCAGCGCGUGCGCGCGUGAGGGGGCUUGUGGCGCUGCCGAGAGUGGCGGAUGCCACUGCUUCCCCAUCCCCCUCUCUCCCCUCCCCAUUCCCUGCAGCGCGUGCGCGCGUGUGGCCCGCGGUGGGUGUGCGCCUGUACGCGGCGAUGGUGAGGGGGCUGGCGGCGCUGCUGCGAGUGGCGGACGCCGUGGCGCUGGUGGGGGAGGUGCAGCGGCGGGGCGUGCCCGAGGGGGACCGAGAGGUGUCCUUUGGAGUGACGGUGGACUGCCCCACGUGUCGCAAGGCCUUUUCUGUGGUGCAGCCACAGCAAGGCCGGCAGGUGGUGGGGUGUGCAGGAUGCAAGUACGAGUACGAGCUGGUGUCAGGGGACCUCAUCUCCUGCGACUCAGAGUCUCUUAUCGACUCUGCCCCCAUCUUGGACAAGGUGCUUCGCUUGGUGCGCAUCAAGAGGGGAGACCCACCAGUAGCAGUGCACAGUGUGGUGCUCAAAGCACCAGACGGCACAUCGCAGAUCAACACCUUUGCCACCGUCACCCCCUCCGUGCCCGCCCAGUCGGGGGAGCGAAUCACCAUCGCCUGCGCCGCCCCCUCCUUCUCCUCCUCCCUCGCCUCCUCCCUCUCCUCCUCCCUCCCCUCGUCUUCCUCCUCGUCCUCUUCUCGAAAAGCUUCCGCCUCUAAGCGGAAAAUAGCGGGGAUAUUUCCGGCGCCGGCGAAUAGAACCCCGGGGUGGAAUCCGAGUGAACCCAUGGCGCUGACCAAUCACGUGACGAGGCAGACGCUGGCGUUGCUGCGCGCGCCGCCCAAGGCCACUAGAGACAGCGGCAGCCUGUCGCUGCCGCCCUGGGUGCUGCCUCUGGGCGGCGCACUGGUGGCAGCGAACGUGGUGGGGGCGGCAGCAGUGAGCAUGGGGAUAAUGGAGCCAAACGCGAUCACAGAUGGGACGAUGGGGAUUGUGGUGGGGUGGGUGGCUGCUGGUGGUGCAGCAACAGGGGGAGCUUACAACUUUCUGCUCCUGCCGAAGCUAAGAGAGCUGCCAGGCAGCGUGGUGGAUGGCAUGGCAGUGCGGCAGCAGCUGUUGGAGCAGCAUGCGGCGUUGAGGCAGAGGCUAGAGGCGCUCUCUGCUGCUGCAGCUGAGGAGGUGCGCAUGCUAGCGCGCAUGUGUCAGCUGCAGAACAAGAUGCAGUCCAUCGGCCAGCCGUCCACCUACAGCGCGCGGUGGGAGAGGGUGGUAGCAGCGCGCAAGGGGCUGGACCAGCGGCUGCUGGCGCGAAUCAACCUCGUUGACAGCUACGCCAAGGUGCUGUCGAUGAUAGAGAUAGAGGUGGAGAUGGAUGCAGACGUGCCAACGGCAGAGGCAGCAGGGGCUGCGGCGAGCAUAGCGGACCAGAUCGAGCGCCUGAUGGAGGUGGAGAGCUUGCAGAAGGUGAGGCAGAGGGCAGGACUUAUUGCUGUCAGGCGGUGUGGGGAGUGGGAGAUGGAGGGACAUAGUGCUGUGAGGUGGCAGGGCUGUGAGGUCAAAGUGCGGGUGAGCUCUGGCAAACCAGAUCGAGUGCCUGAUGGAGGUGGAGAGCUUGCAGAAGGUAAGAUCGAGCGGCUGAUGGAGGUGGAGAGCCUGCAGAAGGAGAAAGAGGAGGCUUCGCGAGGAGUGGAAGCAACAGGUGGAGGAGCAAUGAUGCGCUGUUUCCCUUCUUACUGUUUCCCUUCUUACUGCUUUCCCUGUGUCCCUUCUCACUACUUUCUUUCCAUGUGUCUCACCCUCCCUCUCUCCUCCCACCACAAGGAGUGGAAGCAGCAGGUGGAGGUGAACGACAAGUUGGAGCGGCUUCUUAGAAGUGAUGUGCUGCUUCCUCCCUUCUCACUUCUUUCUUUCUCUGUGUCCCCCCCCCGCCCCUCCCCCCCCCACCACCAGGAGUGGAAACAGCAGGCGGAGGUGAACGAUGAGUUGGAGCGGCUGCUGAGAAGCGCGCCUGCUCUGCCCGACUCCGCCUCCUGGCAGAGCUGA